CCCCCACCCUUACCAUGUACUGUCAAACUUGCAGUCGCGUGUAAGAAUACGACAAACAACAUUAGAACCGGUAAUAUCUAGUACCAUUUACAUCCAAUGUUUUUAUCCUUUUUUAACACUCGUCGAUAUUAAUUGGAUAAGACAGUGUAUUGUAGUUCACGGUAUUUCCCUUAAAAACAUCCGUUCGUUCGAAUGUCAGUUCGUUUACUUUACACUACGUUUGGAUCGACAUGAACAAAUGAUUGCUGGAUACUUAAGGGAAUUUUUAUAUUAAUAAUGUAAUUAUUUAAUAGCCGUAUGUCUUUGGUUAGGCUAAUUAAGCAAGAGGUGAAGACGGAAAAAUCAAUUCCAUUACUCGAUAUUCGAUCGUAAACACGUUGAAUGUUAUCGCAAUGGAGGUUACUGAAAUAAAAAUUAAUGUAAAUCAUUCAAUUACAAUGGACUUGUGAAUGACAAUCUGCGAAUACUUGCUUAUGAGCAAAAAACCAUGGUUGAAGUCUCUUCGAUUGAUAGUUAAGAAUUUAGUAAAUAACAGUAAAUCAUGGAUUAUGACUAUAUGUCUUUUCAUAGAGAAAAAGAUGUUCAUAAUAAAUGUUAUGGUGGAAGAUUGUGGUGUAUAAAAGACAUAUGUGGGAUUAUAUGUGCAAUUUUAACAUGGUUGUUAAUAAUUUAUGCAGAAUUUGUAGUAAUGGCAGUUAUCCUUAUUCCUACAAUAAAUACCUUAUACUCGAGUUUAAACACUGCAAUAUUUCAGUCAUUAACUUUCUUAGCUUUUGCGUCUCACCUAAGGACAAUGUUUACAGAUCCAGGUGCUGUUAUGAAAGGAAAUGCUACAAAGGAAAUGAUUGAACAAAUGGGAUUUAGAGAUGGACAAGUCAUAUUUAAAUGUCCCAAAUGUUGUUCCAUUAAGCCUGAUAGAGCACAUCAUUGUUCUGUUUGCCAAAGAUGUGUUAGAAAAAUGGAUCAUCAUUGUCCAUGGGUUAAUAAUUGUGUUGGAGAAAAUAAUCAAAAAUAUUUUGUACUUUUUACUUUCUAUAUAGCAGCAAUGUCAUUGCAUUCUUUAUUCUUGUGUAUACAACAAUUUACUACAUGUAUAAGACAAGAAUGGAAAGAAUGUUCUACUUUUAGUCCACCUGCAACAGUGGUAUUAUUACUUUUUUUGGCUUUUGAAGCCCUCUUAUUUGCCAUUUUCACGGCUGUGAUGCUGGGAACACAGUUGCAAGCAAUUUGGAAUGAUGAAACUGGUAUUGAGCAACUUAAAAAGGAAGAAGCCAGGUGGGUUCGUAAUAGUAGAUGGAAAUCUAUUCAAGCUGUGUUUGGAAGAUUUUCAAUUGCUUGGUUUUCUCCUUUUACUUCUCCUCCGAAAGGAAAAACGAAACAAGAUUCUUACUUAUAUUCCGUAUAAUAUGUUAUGAUACGUGGCUAUAUCCCAGGGAUAUAUUUAAUACUUGUAAUUGUAACAUAAUUAUGACGGAUCAUGAAUUCAUGUAUAAGUGAAUAGAAUGUUUGUAAUCUUAUAUUGUUACCUAACAUUCUUAUUUUAUUGCGAGCAUUUGUAAAAGAGACUUAAACAGCGUUUAACAUAUAUAUAUAUAUAUGUAAACUUGUAAGCAUACGA